UUGCAUCUUUUUUUUUUUCUUCUGGGUGUUGAAUUUUUCAUAAAAUCUUGAUCUGAGCUCUAUCAAAACUGUCAUUAUAAGCUCAAAGUUUACAGCUUUAAGAGUUUUUGAGAACACCCAUAUUGGAAUACUUUAUAAAUUUGUGUUUUUUAGUCAGAACUCUUGGUUUUGGAUUACACACAAAAAUGGUAUUUUAGUGCGUGAAUGUAAGUUUUGGUGAACAAAUGGGAAUGGAGAAAGUUUUAGGUAAAAAAAUGAAGAGGAAAUUAAGGCAUAAGAAAGUUACUGCAGUUCAAAAGCUUUAUGAUACAUGCAGAGAGGUUUUUUCCACCUGUGGUCCUGGUAUUGUUCCAACUGCUGAUGGUAUUGAACGUCUAAAAGUUAUUUUAAAUGAAAUGACUGAACUUGAUGUUGGCGUUCGUCCCAGUAUGCCGUAUUUCAAGGUUAAAGAAUCUGGAGGAUUUCCUAAGAUCACGUACCUGCACCUUAGCGAAUGUGAUAAAUUUUCGAUUGGCAUUUUUCUUUUACCGCCAUCGGGUGUCCUGCCACUCCAUAAUCAUCCUCAGAUGACAGUUUUCAGUAAGCUUCUUUUUGGAACUAUGCAUAUCAAAGCAUAUGAUUGGGUGGACGACGUUGCUUCAAUCCCUACUCUGAAAGCUGAUUCAUCAGAAGGUGAAAUAGUACCCGUUAGUGUACGUCUUGCAAAGCUCAAAGUCAACUCUGAUUUCACAGCUCCAUGCGACACAUCGAUCCUUUACCCUACAGAUGGUGGUAACAUGCACUGCUUUACAGCAAUAACAGCAUGUGCUGUUCUUGAUGUACUUGGCCCUCCGUAUUGUGACCCUGAAGGCAGGCAUUGCCAAUACUAUCGGGCCCAUCCUUUCACAAGUUUAUCAGUUGAUAAAAAGUUGCCUGAUGAUGAGAAGACAGAAAACUAUGCGUGGCUCGAAGAGAUUGACAAACCUGCGGGCUUAUCCGUUGUUGGAGCGUUGUACAACGGGCCAAAAAUCAUUGAGAAGUGACUUGAGAUUGGAUGUUAAAAAUGACGGCACAAUCUCUUGUCUGUUUCUUUUUUUUUUUUUCCUUUUCAGCUGUUGAGUACAAAUGGUUUUGCUUUGGUUCUUCGUUUACUUUGAAGAUCUUGUACAUAAUUUGACUAUUUGAGCAUAGCCAUAGAAAAGGGUACAUCUUUUUCGGAGUUGGAACGACCAAAUUUAGGUUAAGGCAGAAUAAAUCUUGCACCAGGUACACAUUUGGUCGUUCUACUGUCGGAAAAAGUGUUGACCAUGAAAAGGGAUAGAAAGACACCAGUUAACUUUUCUUGAAUUGUUUAAGAUAGACAUGUUGGUGUUAUAAAUAAAUGGAUUGUUAGUUCCGUA